AACCGGCUGUCAUGUAUUAUGGAAAAAUAGAAUCAUGAUUGAACAUUUUUGGGCCAUUAGAUAUACAUUAAAAAUUGGUUUUGGACCAAACUUUACUCUUCAUAGAAACAAUUAAGAAUUAAAUUAUUCGAAGGCAUAAUCAAUGGGGCAAUUUGGUGAUACCUGUGCCGACUUUGCUAAGCUUCAGUGGACUAAACAUAAAGGAAAUUAGGGGGUAGUUUCUCCCCAAUUCUGUUUCCUAAAUGGAGCCAAUAGCUGCAUGCAGGACCAGCAGGGUUUCCUCUCGUGAGAAGCUUGUGGCCAUAGGCUUGGGCCUUCUAGCUGUGGUUUCACCUCUGUUUAUUGAUCGGAGACCAGUCAGUGAAUCGGAGCUUGAUGAGGAAUCCAUCAUACAUGCUUCUUGGGUACCUCUUCUGCUCUUGGUGCUGAUCUUGGCCACUGCUUUAUCGUUGUAUCUAGACAGGAGCUUUACCAGGUUUGAUCCUUAUUGGAUUCACAGAGCUGGUGGCUCUUCUGGUGGUAUCAUGGUAAUACUUGUGAUUCUUGCGUUGGUUUUGAAGUGUAGGGCGUCGGAUAUCAUUGAAGAACUGGGAAUAUUCAAUGAAACUGGAGCUUGAGCUGCUUCUGUAACAAUUUGACAACUCUCUGAUGUGCUUCGGCGAAAAAAGUCAGCUUCUCAGUUUAUUCAGAGAAAACUUUCACUAUUUCCUUCCAUAAAUUACAGGAGGAAGUUCCUGUGAGUUGUUGUCAUUUCUUUUCAAAGAGCUAGCUACUUUAACUAGAAUUGCAUUGUGGGGUCUUAAUUUCUACAUUUGGAGAAAAGAAUAAUAAUUUUGUUGAUUUUUCAAGUAGAAAAUAUGUUUCUUGCAAGUAGCUUCUUUGUACCUACAUGCCUCUUGCCAAAAUCCAAUUCCUAGCAUGAGGCAUAGCCUAAUUGAUGAUACCAACUCUUCUCUAGAGGAAAAGGCUAGUUUGAGACUAGAAAGUAGACUAAUUUGCUUCUGAAUACAACUUAUUUUGAGGUUACAGAAAAAAUAACGCUGUUGAACAAGUUAUGUGGCUUGAAGAUGCAUAAGUAAUACUCUUGCUGGCUGCAAUUAAUUAGAUGCAUAGACUCAACCUUACUAGAUAACAUUGGUCACCUUUUUUUCAAGACCUAGGCUUUUCUAGGAGAACAGUUAGUUCUAAGCAUACCAUUUGAACAUUACAUGCAAAGCUUAAUGACAGCAGAUCUAUAAUUACAAUGUUACAUAUUGUGUGCAGUAGUGAUCAGGAUUCACGAUCUGUAAUGCUGCAGCGUUAACAGACUAAACUGAUUUGCUACAAAAAAAUGUUUGCUGUCAUCACAUUACCUGAAGCAAAGAAAAUAGUGCACUAAUAAAGAUCUUAAUUUUACUCAUUCAAGCAGUAUAUUCUUCUUUUUAAUCAUAUUAUAUCAACUAUUCAAUUUUCCUUCUGUCUAUACAAUUUUCUGAUGCAUCAUGCCAUCUUGCAUCAGUAUCAACAAAUAAAAAGACAUAAAUAAGGGGAAGCCCAAGUGAGGUCCGGUGUUAAAUACACUCGGGGAAUUUUUUAGUUGACAAUCAAGGUGUGAUAAAUGCUUUGGUUUUCAGUGUUCCAUGGGCCAAGAAAAAGCUGGUUACUGAAGAAGAAACAGGGUGGUUUUUGAUGUACAGCAGGGAUGCAAGUAGAAAAGUCAAGCAUCCAGGUGGUAUAUAAUAUGUUGUUGAUCAGCAAAAGCUUGUCAGUGGAGAAUAUCGCAAAGGAUUUUCUUGAGGUUCAAGCGCAUCAAGAUGCUCCAACACUGGUCCAGUUUUACAUCCAAUGAUUCGCACCAUGGGGUUUGAGUGGCCAUUUAGAAAUGCUUCUGUAAUCUGCACAGAAUGCAACAAAACAUCACUUACUGUACUACCAUGCAUUCUAACUUGUAUUGCUAACGUGCUUCAGCACCAGCUGAGAUGUAAAAGAAAAGGAUCCAAAUUUCAAAAGCUGGAAAUGAUGUUAUGCAAGAGCUUAUUAUGCUCACAGGAAA